AUGCCCAAUACACAAAGUAUUCCAAUUGGUACACCACUUUCUAAUUACCGAUGUAUGGUUAUAAAUGAAUAUUCACAACGACCAAUCACUAAUCAAGAUGGCGAAUUGUUUAUAGGAGGUGUUGGUGUCUUUGCUGGUUAUCUUGGACGUGAUGAUUUAUCUGCAAAAGCUCUUGUUGAAAUAGAUGGUGAACUAUUUUAUCGAACAGGUGAUCUUGUUACAAUGGAUAGCAAUGGUCUUCUUCAUUAUCAAGGAAGAAAAGAUCAUCAAAUCAAACUACAUGGACAAAGAAUUGAACUUGGUGAAAUCGAACGAUGUUUACUUAACAUCACAUCCAUCUCUACAUGUGUUGUCAUGAAAUGGAAUGAUGAUUAUUUAGUUGCAUAUGUUCAAAGUUCUGAUAUUAUAGAACAAGAAUUGCGUGAACAUUGUCAAUCUCAUCUUCCACCACAUAUGAUACCAUCAAUAUUUGUUAUACUUGAUAAACUACCUUUGAAUCAAAAUGGAAAAGUAGACCGAAAACAACUUCCUUCACCUGACUUUUCUUUAUCAACUUCGUUAUUAUCCGAUAAAUCUGAUGCUCCUCUUAAUCAGUUCGAAGAACGUAUACAUACAAUUUGGUGUCAGGUUCUUCAUUCUAAUCAAAAUCACAUUUCCGGAACUACUAGCUUUUUUACUAUUGGUGGCCAUUCACUUCGCUUCAUCAAACUUUAUUAUCGUUACCAGUCAUUAUUCAAUUUCGAUGCUCAUUUACUCUCGAUUGGUCUUUUUCUGCAGCAGCCAACUAUUCGACAACAUGCACAACUACUUCAAACACUUCCCUCCAAUGAUACGCAGACAACACGAUGGCAAUCAGUACAUAUCGAUCAGGGUAAAACAUCUUUAAAUUAA